AAUUUUGCCCCCAAAACCCUAAACUCAGCCUUGACCAGAAAAAUAUUUCCCAAUUCAGAGCCAUGGGUCUUCUCUCCUGGUUCAAAGGAAGCCCCAAACCCGAAACGAAAUCCUCUCAGACCUCAAAGCCCGAAAUUUCGGAGGUACCCGGCAUGAAUGGCGCUGUGGAGGUUCCCCGGCCCUCUAAGAACGUUACUGUUUUCGAGUUUGGGUCCAUCGCUGCUUCUAACGAUAAGGUGACUCUGGCAGGAUACUGUCCCGUCUCCGAGGAGCUCGAGCCCUGCCGCUGGGAAAUCCUUCCUGCUAGUGAAGCCGACGCCCCGCAGUUUCGCGUGGUGUUUUGAGAGUGAGAAACAGAUUAAUUGGAUUGUAAGAGGAAAGUUGCAUUAUGACGUUUCAUGUGUUCAUUGAAUUGGGUUUUGCUUAAUCCUCAAGAAAAUGAAUAUAAUUUUGGUAGCAAUUUUUUCGUUGCUCUUGAAUUUAUGAAUGUUCGUCUAAAUUCCUGCCAAUUUGAUGAUUUUUAAUUUUUUCUA